CCCUUUUUUUCCUCGUCUUUUCCUCAUUCGUACACUGUUCUUCAAACCACUUCUCACUCAGGAUCAUAUCAUCACAUAGAGAGAGAGAGAGAGAGAGGGAGACAGAGAGAGAGAAGCGAUUCGCAAAUCAUAGUACUACAGAUUAAUUUACAGGAGGAGAAGAGGAGGUUCGAUUGAUACACAAAGUCGUAGUAGUAGUAGCAGUAGUGGUAGUAGUAGUAGUAGAAAGUAGCCAAAUGGAUGAGCUUGAAUUUCAACGCAUUCUCAAUCUCUUCCCAGUCGUUCGUCCCCGCGAUUAUCAUGCUGAUUCAGAAUCAUCAACGCGACAAUCGACUGUUCAACCUCCACCGAAUGAGGAGGAUGCAUGGGAUGGGUCAGAUGAAAAGGAAAUCGCAAUUCAAGAAAUUGAACAUGAUUCAUUUUGGGCAAAAUUAAAGAUGGCUGCAGAAAAGAAGGUGGGUGCAGCAAAGGCAGAACAAUUUUGCAAGGCUUUUCGAACCAUUCACAAGAAACUUGUGUAUGAAGAAAUGAGUUUAGAUGCUGCCAGGAGCUUUUUGAGUUCACCUAAAAAUUAUGGAGAAUAGUUUCUUGCCUCCUGAAUUUUCUUGUUAUUCUGUUUCUGGUGGAUGUUUUUCUUGGAGAGAGAGAGAGAGAUAUUGUAGUUCAAAUUGAAGCAGUUCAUGUUGCAAAUUGUUGGUUGAGAUGACUAAAUGGCUUCUUGCUCUUUACUUUUGCUUAGCACAUGUAAUGUUGAUGAAUUUUCUCUCUUCUUCUUCAUUUUAAAAUA